AAGCCGUGCUCUCCCUGGACAGUGUAGCAGAGGAGUUUUCCACUUUGCAGGAAGAUGGCGAAAUGCGGGUCAUCUCCUACUCCUGGGCCUGUAUACACAACAAGCGAGCAGCGAUGUCUUCUCUGCUGAACCACUGGCAGUUUGUGUUUCUCGUAUCUCUCUCACUGUCACUCACGUUUCUACACGUCAAAGUCUUGGCCCAGAGAGAGGGAGAUCUUCGACUCGCAGGCUAUGGUGCUAGUCGUCUCGCCGGACGACUAGAAAUCUUCCUCGGCGGAGAAUGGGGCACUGUCUGCUCACAUCGUGACACACUGGACGUCACCAAGGUAGCCUGUCGCCAACUAGGACUCGGUCACUUUGUCGGACAUGUACCCGGGUCUUCGUCGCUCAGAUAUGGUCUUGGUAAUGGAGCAAUUUCGUUGGAGGAUGUCAGUUGUCGUGGAGACGACCUCCAUCUCCUCCGAUGUGACAUCGGGUCUGCGUCAUGUGACCAUCACAUGGACAUCUCCGUCAUGUGCUCUGGUAUUCUGACCCCCUACGAGGGCGAAGUACGAUUAGUGGGCGGAGCCUACGCCUCAGAGGGCGUGGUUCAGAUCAAUCUACAUCACACCUGGUCCACAGUCUGUUCCACCGACGUGGAACCUGGACUGGCAACCUCCAUGUGCAGACAACUCGGCUACACUCGAGCUCUAAGUGUCCAACAGGCUACCAACGUCACAGGCCAGUUUCUGGAGCUGCCUUCCUCCUCUCACUGCUCCAUCUCCUCCUACCCCUGCAUCCAGUCUUGUCUCCCUGAUCUCCUCUCCUCUCCCUCCUCUCCCUCUUGCUCUGGAGACGGCCUCUCUGCUUGGAGCAUCACGUGUGGGAUAUCGGAAUCGGAGUUUGGGAAUGCGACCAGUGGCUCGACGACAGAUUGCGCAAUCCAUAGCACGCAGGCCGAAGAGUACGAAGUUCGUCUCCACGGUAACCACCCAGACCACGGCAGGGUGGAAGUUUACGUGGAAGGGCAGUGGUCCACCGCCCAAGAACUGAGAGAUGAAGAGGCUACCGUCAUCUGCAAACAACUGGGCUUCCCUAAUUUCUACCUUUCUCUCACAUCUUCCGAUUCCUCACUCACCGACCUGGAUCUAGAGCCAGUCCCCGGUUCCCAGAUCAGGCUCUUCUGUACUGGACUGGAGACACACGUGAACGGCUGCUCUUUCUCCUCACCUGACGUCACUGACCACACCACUGAUGCCUACAUAUACUGCUCUCCAAUUCUCUGGCCGUUUGGAUCACUCCAGCUAGUGGGCGGGGCUGGUCCGUUUGGGCAGCUGCUUGUGAGCCCGAAACGUGAUUUCCAGUGGCUCUGCGACGCUCAUUUCACCAUGGCCGAGGCUGAGGUCGCCUGCCGACAGAUGGGAUAUGCCAACGCCAUCAGAGUCGUUGAGAACUCCCUUCUUUCAGACAUUCCCAAUGCGUCUCUCCUCCAUUACUCACUGCUGUGUUCCGGAGACGAGGACUACCUGAUGGCCUGUCAGAGGCGGAGUCUCGUCAACGAAUACUGCAGGGAUGACCUCGACUUUGUCGCCAUCCAGUGUGGUUCAAGUAGUUCUACUGGUGGAUGGAGAGUCAGACUCACACCCGUUGCCGCCGACAACGACGGUGUCCAUAACGACAGUCACCGUGGCAACGUCAGUGGGGGUGUGAGGGAGGGGAGGGUGGAGGUUCGGCUGGAGGAGGGCAGGGAAUGGGGCGGAGUCUGUGCAGACGAGUUCUUGGAUCUGUCUGCCCAUGUCGCGUGUCGGCAGUUGGGGUUUGAGACUUACAGUAGUGUGGCUGCGGUGGAAAGUGGUGGAGACGAUGUAGCAGGACACCUCACUUCAGUCCAGUGUACCGGGUUUGAAGAUCUGUUGGACUAUUGCCCUCACUCUCUGGCCACCACUAACUGUAGCCACCUCGUCACCAUCAACUGCAGUGACAUUCUACCAUUCCCUGACGGUCUUCUAAGGCUAGUCAACACAUCAUCAUCCACUUCGCUGCAAGACCCGCCCCCCAGCGAGGGGCGACUAGAGGUGUCCUACCACGGCCUGUGGAUGAGUGUCUGCGGACGACUUUUCUCGCAGGAGGCCGCGAACGUCGCCUGUCGUCAGCUCCGCUUCGAAGCUCCCGCAAACUACUGCAUCAACGCCUGUUUUGGGCAAGGGACGAGUGACAUUCACUUUGGGGAGUAUUCGUGUCAUGGCAACGAGUCUAGCAUCCUUGACUGCUGGGGUCAACAUCCACAACAGAGAGUUCUGUAACCAUGACUACGACGUGGGACUCUCGUGUUCUCCCCUGCGCAGUGUUGAAAUUGUGGUAGUUCCAUCUUCAGCGGCAGUGUCUUCAUCUUCCCUCUCCCUCCCCCUCCCUUCCCUCUCCUCCUCUGUCUCCGCCUCUCUCUCUCCCAUACCAACCAACACUGACAGCGUUCCCCGCAACUCAGUCACUCCAGCCAAAGAUAGUGAGUCAAAAUGACCCAUGCACGUGAUCACAUGACAUACACACUUGAUCACACGACAACUUAAGACCAUACCACAUGACUAGAACAGCUCACAUGACUACUUAGACCAGACCACAAGCGCUUAAUCAAAUGGUUUGCAUACUAGAUCACAUGACUUCUAUGCGAAAUCACAUGAUCACCAUUCCUAGUCAGAGUUCAGUUAUCAUUACCGCAUACUGAGUCAUGUGAUCCUCGUAAAAAGUCACGUGAUCUCCCCAAAACUCAUCUGACCCCCGCUCUCUCAUGUGAUCCUCGUCAAAAGUCACGUGACCCCCAGAAGUCAUGUGAUCUUCUCUCUCUGUGCAGAUCCGUUCAUAUCCGACGGGAUAAUCUACGUGUUGGCGGUUGUCCUCUGCCUCCUCUUCCUCUCCCUCAUCUUCUCGUUCACAAUCUGCUGCGUUGUCCGCAAGAAGAGAGAGUCCUGGGUUCUGCAGGCGCCCAACGGGAGCUAUAGUGACAGGAACGUCGCGGCCAUCGGGGAAGGGACGGACAACGGAGGGAGUGUCUCCCUGCAAGAGGUGAUGGAGAGACAAGGAGAUGAGUCUCCGGAUUUUGAUUUCGAUGCCAUGGCCGACGCAGUAGAGAUGAAGGCGUGUGCGAAAGAGGCAGAAGCCAUGGCGGUUUCUCCAAGCCACACCUCUCUUACCUCGUCCUCCGGUCUUCCUCCGCAGUACCACGAACUAGAGUUUCUCUCUCACUCCAUUCCCGGGGAAGAAACGAAAGAUCUCGAUUAGCUCGCGCACUAAGGGUUAUCAGCAUUAUUGUUGUUGUUUAUAAUAUUAUUGUUGUGUUUGUUGUGUCAGCACCAUAAAUUGUAAUCAUCAUUUUAUCAUCAUCAAACACAUAGUGAUUUUACAGUUGCGUGACAAGAACAGCCUCAGGUGCGCAAUAAUCAGAGAUAAGGUGCGCACUAAUUAGAGUAAUGGUGCGCGGUAAUUGGAACUUUGCAGGGAAAGAGCAGAAGGGUGUCGGUUUUGUAUACAGGCCAUAAUGGCGCUGGAAAUCGAAUCAGCAGACGUGAUUCGACUCAUAGAGCAGUACCUGAAAGAGAACAACCUGGUCCGGACGCUGGCCACGCUGCAGGAGGAGACGUCCGUAACUCUCAACACGGUGGACAGCAUCGAGGGCUUCGUGUCUGAGAUCACUCACGGACACUGGGACACCGUACUACAGGUUGUACAGUCGCUGAAGUUACCAGACAAGACCCUCAUCAACCUCUACGAGCAGAUAGUUCUGGAGCUGAUCGAGCUUCGAGAGCUUGGAGCAGCGCGCUCCCUCCUUCGACAGACGGACCCCAUGAUCAAAAUGAAACAGGAUCACCCCGAGAGGUAUCUUCAUCUGGAGAAUUUGCUGGCUCGCUCGUACUUUGACCCUCGAGAGGCCUACCCCGAUGGCAGCAGUAAGGAGAAGAGAAGAGGAGCCAUUGCUACCGCUCUAGCAGGAGUGGUGAGCGUCGUCCCACCAUCCAGACUCAUGGCGUUGCUAGGACAAGCCCUCAAGUGGCAGCAACAUCAAGGACUGUUGCCCCCAGGAAGCACCAUUGACCUCUUCAGAGGAAGGGCUGCGGUGCGAGACCUGGAGGACGAGAAAUACCCGACCAUGCUGAACAAGACAAUCAAGUUUGCCAGCAAGUCGUACCCGGAGUGCGCCGAGUUUUCCCCCGACGGCCAGUACCUGGUAACCGGUUCUGCCGACGGGUUUGUCGAGGUGUGGAACUUCACGACCGGGAAAAUCAGGAAAGACUUGAAAUACCAAGCGCAGGACAAUUUCAUGAUGAUGGAAGAUUCCAUUCUCUGCCUGGCCUUCAGUAAAGACUCCGAAAUGUUGGCCACUGGUUCCCAUGACGGCAAGAUAAAGGUGUGGAAACUAAUGACUGGCCAGUGCCUGCGGAGGUUCGAGCGAGCCCACACCAAGGGGGUCACCUCCAUCACUUUCUCCCGCGACGGCAGUCAUCUUCUUAGCUCCUCCUACGACGGCAUGAUCAGGAUCCACGGACUGAAGUCUGGGAAGGCCCUGAAAGAGUUCUCCGGCCAUACGUCGUUUGUUAACGGCGCCAUCUUUCUUCCCGACUCUCACAACAUGCUGUCCGCCAGUAGCGACGGUUCUGUGAAGAUGUGGAAUCUGAAGAGUACUGAAUGUAUGAACACCUUCAAGCCUGCCCUCUCCGGUCAAGAUGACGUCACGAUCAACAGCGUCCACGUCUUGCCCAAAGUGAACGAGCAAUUCGUCGUGUGCAACAAAACUAACACAGUCACUAUCAUGAAUGCACAGGGACAGGUUGUUCGUAGUUUCAGCUCUGGAAAGAGAGAGGGAGGAGAUUUCAUGGCCUGCACGCCCUCCCCCAGAGGAGAAUGGCUCUACUGCCUCGGUGAAGACCAGGUCCUCUACUGCUUCAGUACCAACUCCGGGAAACUGGAGCACACCAUUGUGACCCACGAGAAGGAUGCUAUAGGAAUAGCUCAUCAUCCUCACCAGAAUAUCAUCGCUACCUACAGCGCCGACUGCCAACUGAGGCUCUGGAAACCAUAGAAACACUCCCACUGCCACACCCACUUUUUCCUACCCACAUUUGUGUGGCGCAGAACCGUUGUACAAAUACACCACAAUCAUAUCUGCACUACCACAGAUGAAAACAGAUGAAACAAACUUUUU